GAGGAAGUAGAAGCGUCAUUAGGUGACGGCUGGAAUGAUGGUGCUCCUCUCGUUCCUGUUGGCUCUCAGCCUAGUCUCAGAGCUGCUCGCUGGACCGCUGCCCCAGCGAGAUGCCCUGGACUGCUCGGAGGUCCACUGCUCUCAGGGUCUGCAGUGCAAAGCAAAGCAACACAACCCCUUCUCCUCCUCUCCGUGCCGGAGUCCUCCUGAGGGCGCGAGGACCCCCAACGUCACCCUCUCCUCCGACCUGCACUGCCCGGGCAUUCAGAGGUGCUCCCUGCAGCUGGUCGUGUCUACCUCCUUCAUCCUCACCGAACCAGUGCACGGCCUUAUCAUCUGCGUCCAGGCGCCGGGGCGCACGCCGAGAUGUGAACAAGUCCACUUCUCGAAGUCCUCCAGGAAACGGAUGGAAGGAUCUCUGGUGAAGGUGACCAGCCGGUCUGUCGGGGUCUCCCCGGGCCAGGAGGCCAGGGUGAGGGUUCACAUGGUGCCUGAGCUCUGUGGCAGAGGCUGGACCGGAACCUUCCACGCUCCAGAAUGCAGCAGCGGUGAUCUCCGAAAAAAAGUCCCACAAUGCAUCACUGGUAGUCUCCAUUACUCUCUCCUCCCAAAGGAAAGCAAGCUGGUGGUGUCUGUGACGGACAUGUUGGACGACCAGGACUACCGGCUCAGGCUCUGCCUAGAGAGCUACGUCUGCUCUGGGACGGGGGCUGACGCCCUGAUAAAGAAGGAGGAGGCGGUGAAGGAGGUCUCUCUCUCCUUCUCCCGACCAGUGCCCUGUCUAUGCAUUGAGGGCUGGUCGGCCAUGAUGGACGCUCCCAGAGUUCGAGUCUGUCCCUUCAGAGACCAUACGGACCAGUUGUGGUUCGGGGUGACCUUUGACCCGAUGGAACAGGAGCUGUCAUGGCAACCGGCGUGCCCGGUGGACGUGGUGGUGUCGCUGUGUCAGAUUGGGGCAGAGGACGUCUGUGAGGACCUCCCACACGCCAACCAGACCACCCGCACCAGCAAGGUGAAAUUCACUAAGGUGAACGCCAACCCUCAUCUCUGUGUCAAGUUCACCACGGCCUCCGGGUCCUGGACCAAAUGUCCCUUCAAAAAAACAAACCUCCCACUGAACCCCCCUCACCCCAACAUCCCGUGCCCCGCGCCCGUCUGAGGUGCUACAGUCGUCCCAGCGGCCCCUGUCCGUCUCGUGGGGGACCACGGACCGAACCAUUUCAAAACGGGGAACCGCCGUCUUAUUUUCUUGUCGUCACUUGCAAAAUUAUGUAAAUGAAUGUUUAUAAUUUAUUGUAUUUAUCCGACAAUGGAUUCCAUAUUUAUGGAUUCAAUCGCUUAUUUGUAAAUAGAUAUCCAUCUAUCGAUCUCUAUAGAUGUAUGUAUAAAACAUAUUUUUUUACAUAUGCAGCUCUUUGACGCCACGUCGUUUGUUAUACAGCAUGUUCAGUAGCUUGUUUACAGUUUGUUUGACAGCCUGUUUGACUGCUUGAUUGACAGCUGUCUGUUGGUGACGUUCUGCACCUCCGCUAAUCGACUGCCUCUACAAACAACAGUUCCCAGCAGGAGCACAACUUGCACCUCAUUUAAUGUCAGCAUCUGUAUCCCAUUUUACAUAAAAUAUGUUUUGAUGACCUCAUCUAGGCUUCUGUAAUACAGGCUCAUGCAACAGUGGCGCAACCGGAGGAGCUCCGCUCUGUCUGACCUCUCACGAUAUUCAAACUCGCAUCCGAGUCAAAGUUGAACUGAAUUUUGUUUUCAAUUGUCUUUUAUAAUGUACCAAUAUCUUUUGAUGGUGUUGAAAUGCUGCCGAACUUUCGAAUGUGAUAUUAAUAAUAAUAAUAAUAAUGCAUUGAAUUUAUAUAGCGCUUUUUCCUAGACACUCAGACGCUUUACAUUGAAGGGGGGGACCUCACUCACCACCACCAGUGUGUAGCACCCACUAGGGGUGAUGCAUAUAUUGUGCAACCUUCUAGAAUCUAGACCAAAGGUGUAGAAUGUGCUCUGCCUAGAGAUGAUGACUGGAUAGGGCCACUGCCUUUACACAAAAGGGGAUAUCAGACUCAAAGUUCACCCAGAACACUGAGUUAAGCCUGAGUCAUUACCCCACCCCCACAAGAGGAAGAACGCACAGGCUUUUCUUUCUGUAUGCCACCCCAUCCUCCAAUCUGACUGAGGCCGUUACACAUUCUGUGCUGCGGUACCCCUACUACAGAACCCCCACCUCCACACUGAUGGAGGCUGUGUCGCAUGCUGUGCCAUGGUACCCCUCAUUCAGCACUGCAUCCCCGUCCUCUACACUUACUGAGGCUGUUGUGCUUGCUUUGAUACGGUUCAACUAUCAAAGAAACCCAGUUGUAAUAAACGUCUUUCUAUUGAA